CACGAGAGCUGUUGAUCGGUGCCACGAUAUACCGAUAAUCCGAGUCUCGAUCGAUGAGACACCCAUAACACAACAUGUCGUCCUUUCUGUCCAAUUCAUCAAAUCAAUCGAAGCUCCAGCUUGCGACAGUUGCCCUCGCCUCUGCGGCUGUUACUGCUGGCGCGAUUUACGGAUACCAGCAAUCUCGUCACGGCGAGCGCCUCAAUCGCCUCAAGAAGUCGAUCCCCAACCCAGCUGGCGAUGCUGAGCCCGAAUUGCAGAGGGUAACCCGCCAAGGUCCCGUCCCCAAGCUCGACAAAGAAGAUGAACACAACCAAGCCCUCGCCCACCGAGCCCAAAAUGGCGACUUCGACGACGAACUGAUCCUCGAGCAACUAGCCCGUAACCGUGUCUUCCUCGGCGACGAAGGGCUCGCCAAGUUGCGCAACUCCUUCGUCGUCAUCGUUGGUUGCGGCGGAGUUGGCUCGCACGCCGCCACCACGCUCGCCCGCUCCGGCGUUUCCAAGCUGCGCCUCAUCGACUUCGACCAGGUUACGCUCAGCUCGCUCAACCGGCACGCUGUCGCCACGCUCGCCGACGUCGGUAUACCCAAGGUGCAAUGCCUGCAGCGCCGGCUGAUUGCCAUCACACCGUGGGUGCGGUUCGACCUGCGCCUGCAAAAGUUCGACGGGUCGGUCGCUCCCGAAUUGCUCGGUGCGUGGGAAAAGGACGGGCAGAUGCCUGACUUCGUCAUCGACGCCAUCGACAACAUCGACUCGAAGGUCGAGCUGCUCAAGUACUGCUACGACAACAAUCUCCCCGUUAUUUCGUCCAUGGGCGCCGGCACCAAGAGCGACCCAACGAGGAUCAUGGUUGGUGACAUUGGCACCAGCACGGACGACGGACUCUCGCGCGCUACCAGGCGCCGCCUGAAGCUCCUCGGUGUCACCAGCGGCAUUCCCGUGGUGUACUCGACUGAGAAGAUGGGCGAGGGCAAGGCGGCGCUUCUGCCAUUGCCCGAGGAGGAGUUCAAGAAGGGCGAUGUCGGCGACUUGGCGGCGCUGCCCGAUUUCCGCGUGCGUAUCCUACCUGUGUUGGGAACCAUGCCGGCGGUUUUCGGAUAUACAGUUGCGAACCAUGUCAUUCUCAAGAUCUCUGGUUAUCCCCUCGACUACAUUCCCCAAAAGGGCCGUGACAAGAUGUACGACGGCAUCCAAGCCUUCGUUCAGGCCAGUGAAGAAAAGAUCAUCCGCGCCGUGACCGGCGGUCCCCGUGAGCUCUGCAUUGGGUUGAAGGUGCCCAUCCAGCCCUGCGAGGUCUCGUUUCUUGUCGAAGAUAUCUACAAGGCCAAGAGCGCCGUCACCGGCCUCCCCACGAAACUAGUCCUGAUCAGGUGGCAGAAGCCUACCCGGGACAUCCUCAUCAGGAUAGGUGAGGGUGCGGACGAACAAAAGUCGUCGGAUCUGAAACUGUCGGAGCUCGUCUGCAUGACCAAGGAUGAGGCGACGAGACACCAGAGGGAGGUGUUGCUGGGCGAGAAGACGCUCGAGGAGCUCUACGACGCUGAAAUCAUCGAGAAAGUGGCAAAGAGACAAGAGGAGAUUAAGCUGUAUGAGAAGUACAGAUGAUUCUCUUGGUCUUGUAAAACUUAAAUGGCCUGUUAAGGUCAAAUGGUCGAUUUUUUUUAUCGUUUUGAUUGCCGGCGUCCAAAAGUCUCAUCGCAGAGGUCCAAAAAGAUGUUUUGACAAUAAAAUGCGGCCUGGAGUCAAAGACAUCCCGAAAGAGGUCUUUUGAACAAAACAGUUUGCAUGCUGCCUCACUUGAUUGGCAGUUAGAUCACGAUCUUUUUGGAGCGUACCUUUUGUCUCUCAAAUGAGGUAUCUGCCCAUUAGAACAAAGAAAAGCUACUUGAACAAGAAUUUGUUUAAAGAACGGAGAUGAAUGGGAGAAGAACUAGUCGCUCCUAUGGUAGCCGCUUGCAGUGUGCCGAUGUCGAGAUCCCUACUAUGGAUAUGGUGCUUGUGCUGUCGAUGCCAGCCGACUUGAUAAAAGGCAACAAUGUACCACCUCCUGACGACGAAGGCACCACUAAGGAGGAAAUGGUGUACUUGAACUUAGUACUUGGAAAAAAACAAACAGUUCUUGAAGAAGCAGAGCUUCCAUGAUAUUCUUCCUUGAAGAUAACCAUCAAGCAAGUGCUGCAAAUUUCUUUCUGGGCCACUGCACUGAGGGGACGAAAAACUCCCAAGAGAAGAUUAGAGGAAUACUUGAACCACACUGUGAACCAUUGAAGCAAGAUUCAUAACAGAAGUGCACUUGCGCUUCUUGAAAGCAAAAAAGCAAAUACCUCGAAAACAAACAAGAAAGAAAAGGAA